UUGAUCGCAAGGCGAGAUCGAGUUGGCAAACCAGUCCACUCUGUGCAGAUCCGCGGCUGACAAUCGCCAAUAUAUCAUGUGACUGAUAGCUACAGAAACGCCAAUAUGUUUGGUCUAUUAAAGAGCGAAAUCAAAUCGACAGGCGAAUCUUCAAGGAUAUUUAUAACUGGUAUUGGUAUACACAGUUAUGUAUGUCUUUUUUAUUCACUGGAUUGAGCUUCAGUCAAUUUCAAAUAUAAUGAACCUUUAUAGCUCCACAAAGAAAUCAGAAGAAUUAAGUUCCCAAUAGAAACGGGAACCAAGAAACAGCGCCAUGUGAUGAUUAACGAAGAAACAAAAGAAAUCUCAAGACUAUUUACUUUUUCUAGUAUAUGUGAUAACUAGUUUUAUUUGCAAAAAAACAUAAGAAGAAACUUUUGUGAAUAUUUGUGAAAUGGAAUGAUUUCAUAUGGAUAAUUAUAAGAUUGCAAACUACUGAGUGUCUGUGAAGUUCUUUUUAUUUCUGUCUGCUGCAAGAUGGAGUCAAUCUACAUCAAAGAAACGGAGAACGUGCAAGUCGUGUCGUUGGUUCUCCUGAACGCAACAGAGCAACACACGAUCGAGCAUGUGCUGAACGUGAGCUCGUUUAACGAAGAGGCGUAUUUGGAGAGCAACAUGGGGGAGAGACGGAAGGACUUGGUGUCUGUGGGGGUGCUCACCCUGGUGUACAGUCUCAUCUUCUGCACGGGAGUUGUGGGUAACCUGUGCACGUGCAUCGUCAUCAAACGGAACGCCUAUCUACACUCCGCCACCAACUACUACCUCUUCAGUCUCGCCGUGUCCGACGUUCUCACGCUGCUACUGGGUCUCCCACCAGAGUUAUACAGCAUCUGGGAAGCGUAUCCAUGGAGAUUUGGGGAGGUGUUUUGCAUAUUCAAAUCAUUCUUAUCGGAAAUGACGUCAUAUGCUUCCGUUUUGACUAUCACCGCUUUCACAGUGGAACGUUACGUGGCUAUAUGUCAUCCAAUUAAAUCUCAGACAUUUUCAAAUCUUCGCAGAGCAGCAAAAAUGGUUCUGGCUAUCUGGGUGCUAGCGUGCUUGAGCGCCAUGCCGUACCCUGUUCACACACGGAUAUUCUACUACGUCAGUUAUCCUAAUUCCACGGUGGCCAUCUUGGAUUCGCUCCAGUGUAAUAUACCGCUGAUAUGGCUAGCCCGGAUGAAGCACGUCUUCCAAGUGUCCUUUUAUGUGUUCUUCGUGCUGCCCAUGACAACGAUCUCUGUGAUGUACAUUCUGAUUGGUCUGUCUCUAAAGAAGUCUCAGUUUGGAGGGAUACCCGGCCAGGCCUGUCAGAGCAGCGCCAAGACGAGAGCCAAGAAAGCAGUGAUUAACAUGUUGGUUGCCGUCGUUGUCGCAUUCUUCGUCUGCUGGGCGCCGUUCCACGCGCAGCGACUGAUGACGUCAUAUUUAACCCAGGAGGAUUAUAUCACAACACCGUUCCUUAUCGAGUUGCAGAAUUAUCUCUUUUAUAUAUCAGGAGUUCUCUACUUCUUCAACUCGACUGUGAACCCAAUCCUAUACAACCUAAUGUCACGGAAGUUCCGGAGAGCCUUCAAGAGGACGCUGUGCAGAUGUUUCUUUUCCAAGGAGGAACUGGCGGAGCUGCGAGGCACUUCCAGGUCAGUGCUCUAUUCAGAGCGCUCGCUGCACGGCAACGGGACGUUCAACGUACGGAAAGAUCCGUCACCGGCCUCGCUCAGGAAAAUAGAAAACUACUCCCUCAGAAAGACUCGCUCCGGAAACACGCUCAACUACUGUUCGUCUCCAUCGACGAUGAAAAGAGCUGUUGUUCACACUAACAAGUGUUGUGAGAAACGUGCAGUCAGUCUCUAUCAGAAUGGACAUGGCGGAAUCUCAUCUGCGCCGGUUUUUCAGACGAUAGUUGCGUCACUUCCCGUCACACCGGAUGUAUCCCCAUCGUGCAGCACGAGCAGCAUGAAGGGAUUAGAGAUGGAAGUGAUGAAGAUGGAUGACGUCAUCUCGAGUAGAUCCACGAUUCAGUCUGGACCCCAGUCAACAACCUCGCUUAUCAAGUGUGGAACAAAAACACGCGACACUUUUGUGUAACAGAUAUGAAAAACAUGAUUUUGUGUGUUAACCACUUUGAUAUACCUGUUAUUGACCAAACCAAAAUGGCAUAUAAAACCCUCAACUUGAAUAAGAUUACUCAAAUAAUAUAUGAAACACAUUUGAAUCA